AUGUUCUCUAUCAGAGCAUUUGCUCUUGCAAAUUUAUUAGCCUUAGUUGUGACCUCAAAGGAACAUAGCCCCUCAAAACCAGGACUCAAACUUGUCCCGAGGCCCAAAUAUACGGUAGAAGUGAUGCAGGGCAUCGGGACCAUCAAUUUGAAAAGCUUCAGCAAUUCCUACUGCCUGCACCCCAUAUACGAUCCAGAAAACGCAGCCAACAUUUUCCAGCGCGGGAGCGGACUUAUUCCUCACAUCACCACUGAAGAUGGAUGUCCGAACAUAAUUAUCUGGUUCCAAAAUUUGAGUCACAUUGUCCACAUCCUCGCUACAAGAAAUCUGCCCCGAGAGGGAAAGUACAUAAUUUUUACCUCCACGCCAGACACAAACGGGACCCUUCAGCAAGUGGUGGAAAAGGAAAUGUACCUCGACGUCAAAUUGAGCGUUCUGAAGUACGACUCGGUCAGCAAGCCAAAGCAACUGGGAAUUGCAGUUGGGGAAAACGGAAGAGUAAAUCUGCAAGGACGGAUGCUUCAAGUCGUGGGCUUAAAAAAUCCGCCAUUCACCGUUUACACCGAGAAAAAGUCUGUGAGAGGGGUUGAGAUGAGAGUUGUCCGCGAGCUUGCCGAGGCGCUAAACUUUCGGUGGGAAUUUCACGAGCCCCUUGAUGGCCAACUUUGGGGGCACUUUGACAGGAGGAAAAGGGCCUGGACCGGAUUAAAAGGCGAGCUUGCUUAUGGAAAAGCAGACAUUGGCGUGGCCAUGCUGUACUUGGCCCAGGACCACUACGAGGCCUUUCAACUUAGCUCACCAUACACCAUGGUUUGCCUAACUUUUCUCGUACCAGCUCCGAAGCGCAUUCUGGGCAACUGGGACGCUCUUUUGAAACCUCUCAGGCCAUUUACUUGGGUGUCGUUCGCAAUAAUUGCUGUCAUUUACACGUCACUUUAUUAUGCGGCGGCAGCGCGGAAAAAAUCAAUUGUCUUCUGCGUACUGCAGACAAUUCAACUGGCGGCCCAGAUAUCUGGGCCGCAGCCUUCAAGGCGGACGUCGCAGCGGAUUUUAUUCUUCACUUGGAUCGUGGGCUGCUUCUUUGUCGCCAACUUGUACAACAGCGAGUUGUCGGCUUGGAUGGUGGCUCAGGUGACCGCGACACCUCUUCGAACCAUUCGAGACAUGGCCCACAGCAAAGUUACCUGGGGCCGACUUGACACAGACAUGUUCAUAUACCUGCAGCAGUCUGAUUCGGAUUUGGGGAAAAAAUUGGCCAGGAAAUUCAAACUGGCCAAAACAGAGGCUGAUGUCGAAGAAAACGUCAAAAAGGGGGGGUACGGAGUGUUCGUCCACGUGCUGAGCGACGGCUACCCUUCAGGCGCUGAAUAUUUGUCUUCGCCUGCGAGGCGAAGUUUGGUCACUCUUCCUGAUUGCAUGGCCACGAGGUUUGUUUCAAUUGGGAUGAGAAGAGGGUUACCUCUGCAAAGGGCGACCAGCGUUGAGCUGCGCCGGCUUCAAGAGGCCGGUCUGCUGCAGGAGUGGCAGGCGCGGGACGUGAGGAAAUAUGGCGACCAAGCGGACUACAGGAGCUACGCGGGGUCGCAAAAGCCGCUGCAUGCGCCCUUGGCAGUGGACAAUCUUGCCGGCGCUUUUGCCUUCCUAGCCAUCGGAUUAAACUUGGCAGCAGUGCCUUUGCGUUAG